UCCCCGCCGGAGGUUGGGGCGCGGGGCUGGGGCGAGGCCGUGCCGUAGCAACCGGGCGGUCUCUGGGUUCACAGCCGCGCUGAGGGCGGGCGGGAGGCGCGGCCGGAGGAAGGGUUUAAGAAGAAAGCAAAGAGGAGCUGCCAAUCAAGAGAUCUGUCAUGACUGCCAUUACAUCUAAGAGAAUUGCCUGGAGUGACUAUGCCUUUGAUUCAAAGCACAGACAAGAUCUUGAAGAUUCCUAUGAGGCCCACAAGAAGGAAUCAAAUGAGAAGGAAAGGAGACUGACAGUCAGUCAGUGGAGCACAGACGUACAAUCCCUCGUUUCAUCUUCUGAAUGGCUUCAACGUUAUGGUCUCAAAAGAAACAAAUUAUCCCUCUCUCAGAUUUUGUCACAGAUUGGAUUCCAGCACAGGAAAGAUUAUGUGACCACCUUGGGGAAACCUGUGGCUUCUCGGUAUGCAGAUGGUCUGUUUCCUCAGUACAAGAGAGCACAAGAUGGCAGCGUUUAUAAUCUGACAGCCAAAAAAGAACUGAUUCUUCAUUUUGUGGAUUGUCUAAUGGGAGCUAUUGAGCUGUAUAAGCAGCGAAUGGAAUGGUUAACCAGUGAGAGCCGGCAGAUAUUUGGAGUGAUUCAAGAACGGUGCAUUGUCAUUGUUUUGGAUUUUGGCACUGCAGCUCCAACUGAAUUUGAUCUAUGUCGGGAUGCACUUUCUAUGGUACUUGCGGAACAGGUGAUCCAAAUUGCCAGAUUCAACCUCAUUUGGGCUGCACGGAAUCUUAUGAAGUGGCAACAGAAACCUACUCCUGUGUCUGAGCACACUGUUAAGGCUGCUGUUAUGUGGCUCUGGAAGCUGGACCAUAUGACAGCUGUCAGCCAUACCAACUCUGCUGAUGCCCUGCUGGAAGCCAUGGGUGAUGAGGCGGUUGAAGCCGUUUAUUACUUUGCUGUGGGUGAUGUUCCAGUGGACACAAAACAGCUACUCCUUGAGAAGGUUUCUGAUGGCCCCUGUCCAAUCAACAUUGUGUCUUUCAAUGCUAGGGAAGAUGAAACUAUUAUUUUCCUGAAGGAACUGAGCCGCUUGGCCUCUGGCAGGUUCCAUGCUUUUGCUGAGAAGAAUGACUACAGACAUGCUACUGGAGCUGCACUAAAGUAUGAAGAGGAUGGAAAAGGUCUAAUUGCCCUGAACUCCAGAAAAGUGAAAGGGCGAAUGCCACUAGUAGCUGGUGUCCGUGAAGAUGUCUUUUUGAUCUGGAAGGAGCUGGAGGAAGCCAGGAAUACAGUGAGACAAGUUCAGAAAAUUUUAUCAGAAUCUGACCAGCCUGCUUCUCAAGAUGCAACCAAAGCUGAUCAUCCAUUACAAAGUCAUAUAUAUGACAAAUAUUUGACUUCUGAGAAGUGGUUGGAGAAGUAUGGCUUGAAAGCUCAGAAGCUCACACUGUACGAUGCACUUGCUGAUUGUAUUUUUCGCCAUGUAGAUGGGAUUGUUGACAUAAAAACUAAACCAGAGGAUGAAUCUUCACAAACUGAUGCUGAGACAAAGAGGAAGGUAAUUCAUGCAAGAUACUGUGACAGGUUUGUACAUACCCUCUGGAAAGAUGGAUCUGUAGUUCAUAUAUAUGUUAGUACAGAAAAGUAUAAGCAGUACGAAGAGAAAAUGAGGACAGCUCUCAGACAAGUGGAAGGAAGGAUUAAGUGGCUUCAGCAAGGAAGCAGAGGGCUUUUUGGGAAUGUGUUUGAAGAUAAUGUCUAUAUUCUCAUUGAUACAUCCCAGUCUAUGAACAACAAGCUGCCACUGGUGAAGGAAAAAAUAUUUCAGCUCAUACAGGAACAGUUGAGACACAAAAAGAGAUUUAACUUUGUGAAAUUUAGUGCCCAAGCAGUGGCAUGGCAAGAGAAACUUGCUGAAGUUAAUGAGGAAAAUUUGCAAGAUGCUUGGCUUUGGAUAAAACAGCUUGAGGUUGGAAGUUCCACAAAUACACUCAAAGCUCUCCAGAUUGCUCUGGCUGAUACUGACACUCAGGCUAUUUAUCUCUUGACUGAUGGGAGACCUGACCAGCCCUCCCAAAUAAUUUUUGCUGAAGUCCAUCUUCAUUGUAAAAUUCCCAUCCAUACUGUAUCAUUCAACUGUGAUGAUAUAGAAGCUAAUAAAUUUUUAUAUGAACUAUCUACUAAAACAGAGGGACGGUUUCAUUAUUACAACAUUUAUUUGACUGAUCCUAAUACUUCAGAGUUUAUUCUUAAUAAAGACAUACAUCUUUUGAAACGAGAAAUUGAUCAAGGAGAAAAAGACCUAGAGAAAGUAAAGACCUUUCAUGUCAAAAGUCUGAUGAUGGAUUCUUUUAAUGAAAAAAAUUAUCCGGAGAAUAACAGUAGGCUGUUCUGUGCUUCAGAAGAGGCAGCACUGACAUCACAUGAGCAAACCUGGCAAACGACUGCUGACAGUCCAGCCCGAAGAAAGAAAUCAUUAUAUGCAGAGCAAACAAAGAGCAGCCUGCUGCGAAUCCUGAGCCAUGGUGUGAAAUCUAGGGAAGAAAGCCCAGAGGAAAGAACAUCUCCAGAGGAAAAGAGUUUUUCUGUCAGGAAGAGUGUGAAAUGUACAACUAUUUUGAAAGAUCUGAAAAUGCAGAAUGUGAAAAAGGCAUCUAAAAGCUCUCUAGAUAUCUCUUCAGCUCUUUGGUUAAAGACCCAUGGCUUGGUUGCUAGGCGACUCACCAUCAUGGAUGCCUUAGCUCCUACAGCUGUCCCUCAUGGUACCAAAUACAUCCCAGUUCUGGACAAGCAUGUAGUUUCUAAAGUAUUUGAUGAGAUAUUACCGUUGGCCCAUGUUAGCAAUGACAAGAAGGGGAUCGCACUAAUUAAUCCUCAGGCAGUGAAUCUUGUUGCCUAUAAAGAGAAGCUGGAACAAGCAAUUAAAUCCUACAAAAGGCGCCUGAACCUAGUUGUUUGGAGAGCACUAUCUCAGGAGGAAAGAGACAAAUUUAAAGAGGAUGGGCCAGUCCAAUAUAUGCAGCAUAAAGAAGCUUUGCUGGAAGCUUUGGAGAAUUUGGGAUGGCCAAUUUCCUAUGAAGAUGUAAAAUUGCUAGAAGAUGAGAUAUUGGCAGCAUUAACAUAUAUGCAGCAAGCCUCUGAUCUUCAGGAAGCUGUCAAAAAGGAAACUGAGAAAAGCUCAGAAUCACACAUAAGCAAUAAUAAAAAGAGACAUGAAGAAGCAACUGUGAAGUCAAAGUCUAAGAUGGGACAAAAAUGGCAAGUAUUUGUGACUCACAAAAGCCAAAAAGUAAUUGCAAGAUCAGAUGUGACAGGAUUUUAUUAUCCAGGAACUGUGAUAAAGAAUGUCAGUUCUACCUGUGCACUUGUUGACUUCAGCAAUGGGGAGAGCUGGGAUGUACCUGUGAAGUUCACUAUACCUGUGGGAGGUGCUAUGCCAUGUCCACAUCUGCAGGUUGGAGAUUACGUGUUAGCCAGAACUGGGACACAGGCAGGAAAUGAAUGUUACGUACCUGCCAUUGUCAUUGCGACACCAGAGAGGGUGGAAACAGGUAACAAACUCUACACAGUACUGAUGUUCAACAACAGGGAGGAACACUGUGUAAGAAGUGAGCUUAUUAAAAUCAGCCAAACAAAGUAUGCCUAUUCCUGUCAGUACAUAAGAACGGUGCAGAUGGUGGGUUAUGAGAUCCUGGACAGCGAGACCACAAAGCCCUAUCCUUUUUCACCUCUGGAAGAUGUAAGACGAGAAGAAGCAAAGAAAAGUACUGUGGAAGAAAAGAGGGGGGAAAAGAAAAAGAAGAGGAGAGCAGUAGACAAAAGAUAUCCCAGCGAGAAGAUGUCAGACUUUGACGAUCUUAUGUUUGUCUCCAGAAGUGAAGUAAAACAGAGAGGAAGAAAUUCACAGUCUAGCAAUAAAGAAGAAUUUGGAGCAUCUUCGUUCUCCAUUUCAUCACCCUGGCGUUCACUGAGGUGUCAGACUCUGCAGUCACCAAGAGGUUCAACUCCCAGCUCACUGAAGUCUCGCUGUUGCUCGCACAGCCCAUCUGCAGAAAAUUCUCCAGAGCCUUGUAAAAGCAGCAUCUCCAGGAUAUUAGAGUCAACAUGGAGCAGUGAGGAUUGGCAAGCCAGCCUCAGCACCACUGCACAGAGCACAGGAAGCCACGUUAAGGGUGCGCAAUGAAGGAGCUUGGGAGGAAUGAAAGAAGCUGCAGAUACGAAAGAUUUUUUAGCAGCUGUAACUGUGAAAUUCUGUUCUUUGAAUCAAAAAUAAACUUGUUAAUUAAUAAUAAA